ACAAAAACGGUUUGCAAAACCUAAGAAUUGGACUACGAAUAGAAAUAGGAUAAAACUAGCUUGGUUUGUCUUGUCUUCGGUUUGAAGCUCAAAAAAACAGAAUAGCUGCGCAAAACUCACCCUCACCCUCAUCUUCAUCUUCGUCUACUGUUUGUGUUUCUCUCUCGAAUUUUCUGAUUUCUUCAAUUUUCUCAAGUUGUUGGGUUUUGAGGAAGAAUCUGAGAAAUUUUGGUGAGGUUGUAAUUAAAAGGAGAAGAAACCGGAUAACAGAGGGGAGUGGUAGCGAGUGGAAUACGGUGAUCAGGAGAAUGGAGAGUGAGUUGGUGGAAUUGUUUGAGGCCGCCAAGAAGGCGGCAGAUGCAGCAGCAGCUGAAGACGUCAGCUCCACCAAUGAGGAAAGUCUGUGCCUUGAAGCCUUGAAAGUGCUUAAGGAUUUCCCUGUCAAUUAUCAGAUUCUUGUUUCAACUCAGGUUGGAAAGCGGCUACGGCAUCUUACGAAACAUCCUAGAAGGAAGAUUCAGAGUUUUGCAGCUGAUUUGAUUGAGAUAUGGAAAAACAUAAUACUUCAGGAAACAGCACAGAAAAAAAAUGGUGAAGUUGGUAAUAAUUCAGUGAAAGUUGUCCCUAUAAAUGCUGACAGCACCACCAAAGCAAUUCCAGUCAAGGCUGAAAAGAGUACAUGGGGAGGAAAUGGGAAAGUCGAGAAAGUUGAAGAAGGUGUUUCACCCAGACCACGAAAGCUUGCUAAGACCGAACAAGGUCCUGUGGAAAGGAAGUUUGGAAAUGGUAAUGCAGUAAAGGCUGAAAGUUUGAUUUCAGAGGAACCUGUAAAGGUUGAGAGAACAGCAAAUCAAGUGAAACCGAGCUCCAGUGCAAAUAAACCAGUUGCUAAUGCUCCCCCGAAGUUGCCUUCAAUGUUGAAGUCUGGUGAUGCAACACGUGAUAAGGUGCGAGAGCUUCUUUUAGAGGCUCUAUCCAAAGUUUGUAACGAGGCACACGAAAGCAUUAAAGGAGAUGUUGAUGCUUGUGACCCGGUUCGAGUGGCUGUAUCGGUAGAGUCCGUUAUGUUUGAUAAGUGGGGCCGUUCCACUGGUGCUCACAAGUUUAAAUACAGAAGCAUUAUGUUUAACAUCAAGGAUGACAAGAACCCAGAUUUUCGCAGGAAAGUCCUUUUAGGGGAUAUAAAGCCUGAAAGGAUUGUCAACUUGACACCUGAAGAAAUGGCGAGUGAGCAAAGACGAAUAGAGAACCAGAAGAUUGAAAAAAAGGCACUAUUUGAAUGUGAGCGGAUGGGUGCACCAAAGGCCACAACUGACCAGUUUAGAUGUGGUAGAUGUGGUCAGCGCAAGACCACAUACCACCAGCUGCAAACUCGGAGUGCUGAUGAACCUAUGACAACUUUUGUAACUUGUGUUAACUGCAAUAAUCAUUGGAAAUUUUGCUGAGCUUAAUUUCAUGGGUAAAGGCUGGCAUUGCCGAGCUGCUUGGCACAUAGGAGGUGUUACAAUGCUACCGCGUCAGACUUACCGACCUGGUUUUUGUUGCCUUCUCUUGUGCAAGUAUUUUUGUGGCUCUUGUGCAGUUGCCUGUUUACAGUUCUGCUAUUUCUUUUCUGGUAUUUGAGGAUGGAAUCGACAUGUUCUUCAUUUUUAUUUAUUUAUUUGUUCGUUAGCUGUAUGUUAGUUAUGUCUCUGAUGAGUUUAGAUGUGUUUGUAGGAUAUUAUUAUAAGUGUUGCUCUUCCAUUUGUUCAAGAGAUGUUACUUAAUUGUCAGAUCAGCUCUGGUUGAGCUGUAAUUAUUUGAACAAUUACCUUGACAUUGACGAAGUCUAUAUUUUUACUUCCA